ACAUUGGAAAAUAUCAUGCAAGAUAUGACGUUAUGCGAAAAUAGUCAAUCUGACAAUAAACACGAUAGCAAAAUUGAAAAACUUCCAUCCAUAUUUUUAGUGUCUCAUUCAAAUGAAAAUACAUCGAAAGAUCCAUCCAAUGAAUUGAGCGAAAAUCAUGAUAAUCAAUCCAUUUCCAUGACAUCAUCCAAUAUUGUGGGACUUACAAGUCAGAAAAAUGAUGAAACAUCGAAAUGUUCUCCAACAAAGGACAUCGUUCAAAUAUUUUCAAAUGAAAAAGAAAAAUCGCUAGUUGAAAUUAAAUCGACCAUAAAAUCAAGUGGAACCACGGCAAUGGACUAUACGGCAAGCAACGAAAUAAAAAUAUCUGAAGGAUUACCCGACGAAAUUAUGUCGCCGGCAUGGUCACCAGUUGAAACGACAUCAACUAAACUAAAUUCAAAAACAGAAAAACAGCAUCCAGCAAAACGUAAACAGACUAGAUUGGAUGGGAUAAGCCUAGGGAUAAGCACACGACCUGCCAAACUGGCUGCCAAAUGUGCAAUAUCAUCUUCAAUGGAGACUUUGCAACCAACUAACUUGCAAUCAACGAAUGAAGCACUUCGGCCCAUUAACUGGCGAAUUCCAAAAUUAAACCACAAUACAACGCCCAAAAUCGAUCAGAUCACAACGACCCUAGCAACCAAUGAUCUGAGCGUACCUUUUGGAAAAUAUGACUACGAUGUUCCGAAAGAAAUAGAAUUGAAUGUCGAAAAAGAUGUCCGGUCGACAGAGUCCACUUACUUUUCUGGUUUUACUAAUCUCAUUCAUCUGGAAGAAAUAGCCCAUAUUGAAGAGCUUGAAUAUUUCAACCUUAAGACAGUUACAUUGAGAGUGGAUGGACUAUAUGAGGAUACACUGUUUGUUGAUUUUACUAGCACAUUUGUUGAUAGAUAUGAGUUUCGAGUGCUAAUUUGCACUUUAGCAACAACUGAUUUCUUAGCAACAUCACGUAAUCAAGAUCGCGAUUUCAAUCCAAAGCAUUUUUCACAUUUAUUUAUAGACGAAGCUGCAUGUAUGCAGGAACCAUUGUCGUUUAUCCCAAUCGCAGGCUUAUGUUCAACAUAUCAAAAUAUUCAUUGCAAAAUCAUUCUAUCUGGCGAUCCCAAGCAGCUGGAUACUGUAAUAAAAGCACAAAUCGCCAGCAAUAUGGGAUUAAAGAGAUCGUGGAUGGAAAACUUGUUACAAAAACCUAUUUACCAACACCACAAUGGUGAAUUUAAUUACAAUUGUAUAGUACAACUCACAAAAAAUUAUAGAUCUCAUCCGCAUAUCUUACAUUUGGCGAACGAUUUAUACUACGACAACAAAUUGGAACCAUUUGCUGGAAAAGAAAAUUGCAAUAUGUUUAUUGGAACUGAAAUACUGCCGAACCAAGACUUUCCUGUGAUAUUUCACAACGUCCAAGGAAUUUGUAAAUACAUUAACAACAGCGCGUUCAAUUUGAAAGAAAUUGAUCUAGUUAUGUAUUAUAUCGAUAAACUGGCGGAUGGUGUAUGGAAUGGCGAACAAAUUCAACAAGAAGACAUAGGAGUAAUAUCUCCAUAUAAGCAACAAUUCAACGCUAUUAAAGCCCAAUGCGAAUCAAAAGGGUAUAGCCGCAUUCUUAUUGGAUCUGCUGAAAGUUUUCAAGGACAGGAAAAAUCGGUUAUUAUAAUUUCAAUUGCUCGAACUAGCGGGAAAUUUGAAUUCGUCGCUGAUCCUAAAAGAGUCAAUGUCAUGGUAACACGGGCCAAAUGUUUUCUAAUAAUUAUUGGGGAUCUUACCUACCUAGACAACGACAAAGAUUGGAAUAAAAUUUUGAAUUACUGUAAGGAUAACCAAUGCUUGAUUGGAAUGAAGCAUCCUCGAAUAUUACCACCAUACUAG